CUUAAGAAACUACUACUACUACUCUUCUUAGGUUUGAAGAAGGGCCCCCAGUUCUCUCACCCUGUUCUUGUUGAAGGCUUGUGCUCCUUCCACCUGAUCUCUCUCUCUUGCUUCGAGAGCAAGAAGAAGAAGAGAGCUUACAGAUAGGAUCAUGGAGCUGGGCAUUGGGUGCAAUACUAUCAGGAAGUGGUUUCCUCUAUCCUAAUCAUACUCUUUGGCGUCGCUACCUGGCUGGCUAGAGACAUGUGUGACUACUUCUGGCACAGGAUGGAGAACGACUCCGGUGAGCUCGCCGACAUAGUGCGAGCUGGAGGCCGAAGCGGCCCAUCGAACACCGAAUUCGAGCCGGUCGCUGCCGAGUGGCGGCUUCCUUCCCACCCGCCGGUGUUCUUUCCUACGAGGGCUGAGAUCCCUACCAACGCCUUCGGGGAUCCGUUCGUCAACCUGCGUGACCCUCUGCUGGAUCAAUUCACGGGCGUGGAGUUCUUCGAUGGCGCAGAAGCGAUGGUGGCGCCGGCCAGUACGGCCGCCCCAGCGGGCUGCUGCAGCGGUCAUGUAGCUCCGAAGCUGCUGCUAACGAGCGAGCAGGAGAUGAAGGGGCCUUGUAAUGUCUUCUCGAGGGCUGUUCAUCAGAUCUCGCCUGGUGGCAGCAGCAUGAGCAGCAAGCCUUCCCUGCUUCCAUCGAGGCUGGUCAGGCCAUCUCCCGCCAGCAGCGGCUCCAUAGCCGGCCCAGCGGAUCAUGGUGGUGGAGUGCAGCAGAUCUCCUCCCCUCGGCCUCCAGUGAUCAAACGAAGAAAAAACCAGGCGAAGAAAGUGGUGUGCAUUCCUGCACCGCCGCCGGCGGCGGCCGGCAACAGGCUGAGCGGUGAGGUGGUUCCAUCUGAUCUCUGGGCUUGGAGGAAGUAUGGCCAGAAACCGAUCAAGGGUUCUCCUUAUCCAAGGGGGUAUUACAGGUGUAGCAGCUCCAAGGGAUGCUCGGCGAGGAAGCAAGUAGAGCGCAGCCGAACGGAUCCCAAUAUGUUGGUCAUCACCUACACGUCCGACCACAACCACCCAUGGCCGACGCAGCGUAAUGCGCUUGCAGGAUCCACGAGAUCCCAACCGUCCAAGAACGGCCCCAGGAACAAUCUCAAGGAGGAGCCUAAUAAGGAGACCACCAGCUCGAGUGGUCAUAUGGUAAAAGAGGAGGAGAUUGGUGAGAUGGAGAAGACGAUCGAACAAGCUGGAGACACCCUCGGAUUCGACCCAAUGAUCCACCCAAGUUACAAGUCGGACCAGCCCGAUGACCUGUUCGCGGGUUUGGCGGAGUUGGAAGGCGACCCGAUGAGCCUCAUCUUCUCCAGAGGAUUCAUGGAAUCAAAGCCGGAUGAGGAGAAGGGGGUCGGUGCCUCGGAUGCGUUCGACAUGUUUGACUGGGCAGGAGGGAGCUCACGAAGCCAAGAAGAAGAGGUUUAUUACAAGACCUUGGAGAAGUAGUCCUUUCUGUACAAGGUCUAGCUAUAAACCUUUUUGAAUUCAUAAAGUAGGGCACUGGGGAGGGAGGGAGCGGAGGAUGACUUCUGUUGUGUGUUUCCUACUAUUUAUUCUUGUCGUUCAACAGGACAGAACAGUCUAUAGAUCAGGAUUUGGUGAAGAGAAGGGAUUGGGUGUUUGAAGACCCACACGCUCGGAGUAUUGGAGGAUGGGACAGAAAGCUAAGCAACAGAAACUUUGAACAGUCGCACAAGUGAAUGUCUGAGAAGCACUGAGAAGAAAAGAAGGGAUUGGGCGUUUGAAGACCCACAACAAGCUUGGAAUAUUGGGGGAUGGGACAGAAAGCUAAGUAACAGAAACUUUGAACUGUUCCACAAGUGAAUGUCUGAAAUGCACUGAGAAAAGCCUGCAUGAAGAAUAUGAUGAGCUCCUCUUCUCUCCCUCUCGUUAGAAGUGGGGAGAAUAGUUUGACGGGUUGAAGAAGAGAAGUCUGUUCAACAUAUGCAGUGAAGAUAGACGAGUAGAAAGAGCUUCACCUUUCUUUUACUUUUGGAACAACUCAAGCAAAAGAACAUGAUUGACAUAUAUUUGAGCAUUAAAAGAUCUAGUAACCAGUGACAGAAAAGCUUGAACAGUUGCUCUUAGCCUUUAUGA